AUCCAAUGAGCGGAACGAUCACAUGACAAAAAGACCCAUAAACUGGGAAUCAAAUGGCGAAAACCAAUCAGCUCCCUAAACGUAGACUCUCCUAACCAAUAAAACGAGAUUACAUAUACAAAAAACAUAUAAAAUUCUAAAUAAAAUAUUUGGGAGAAGACGACCGUAUGGUUGUGGUGGUUCGACGCGUAUUUGAAGCAUGAGCAUCGCCGAGUUAUUAGGGCUAUUUUGACCGAUUACGCAGCCCGCAAGUGGCACACAGGUUAUGGGAUUGCAUAAGAUGAAAUACUAAAUGGAAUAGAGAUCGAGAUUUUGAUUUGAUAUAUUUUUGAAGAUUUUCUAAGGAAAAAUUUUCAUUUGUAUAAUAUAUAUGACCGUAAGCUUGUGACACUCUAAAUUACUCAGUCCAAUCCACAACAAGUAAUGUUUGUUCUUUCCAAUUUUUACCUAUAUAUCAAUUCUAAAAAUUAUAAGUCUUUGUCAAGUAAUGCUCAUCUUAUGUCUCUAUUGAGUAGUAAAGUUAGUAGUAAAGUUCUGAAUAAACCCAGUAAAUAUAUAAUUUUUUCGGUACUUUUUCAACCUUAAGUUGGCAAAUUACAGGGUGUGGCAGAUUUUGUUGUUACCAUAACAAUUAUUUGCAUAAACUCUGAAUAAUAGUAAAUUGUAUUAGUUUCUUCACGUGUGUUCCAAUGUCUCAAGGUCAAAAUGUAUGUACUACAUCAACCAUUGCCCUUUUGGCUCCAGAAUUUCCCAAGUGUCUAUCCACUUUCUAGCCAUUUUUGUGAGUAGAUAUUUGUUUAUUACAUCUGAUUUAGUUACAUAUUUGCUAUGCAAGCUUUACUCCCUGAUGCUUUUGAUUUUAUUUGCAUAAUGUUUGUAGCUUACAUGAAAAAGUGGAAACCCUUUUGUCAACUUAUGAAGAAAAAAGGGAGAUUGUUAAAAUAUGUUCCUUUUGUCAAAAUUAAGCCAAUCAUUGCAGAUGUCCAAGAUUAUAGGUAUUCAUGUGAACCUUGAUGUUGAAAAUUGUGUACUUUUUUUUACCAAUGAUUGAUAUUGAGAGAAAAAUGCCUCACAGCCUGUUCAACAAGGAAAAAAUGACUACAUUCAUUUGGUUAACUGUGUCUUAAUUCAUCUUUCCUGCACUUUUCUCUUCCAUCUUCCUCAAUUUUUUUUAUAACGUUUGCACGAUUGGGAACAGUAGCCAAUUUGGGAGGAUAUUUUGUCUCCUGUGACAGUUCAUGUUAGUUCUUUUUAAGAAUAUCAAUACUCAAAACCCACAAUCCCUCUUCCUAUGGAUGAUGUCAUAGUCAUUAAAUCAAAUUGAAUAAGUAUUAAUUAAAGAAUAUCAAUAUUUUUCGAUAAGGACCCCCACGUUCUACAGACUGCCAGAUGGCAUUCCCUGUUCUUCCUUCCUCCCCAAAAUAUGACCACUAUUUUUUUUUUCUGGUUGAUAUUAAUACUAACUGAUAGUAGUUAAUGAGAUUAUACUUUUAUUUAAAGAAUCGGUCUUGUAUGAUGAACCCAUAUUAUAUUGAUGUUUAUUCCUGAUUGGACUUAAUCUGUUUUCACGGGUUUGAAAGGUUGCAUAAUUCUACCCAUGAUUGGCCAAAUUCUGUAUUAGGCCCCAGCUCCAUUUUUUUUUUUUUUUUUUUUGNUGAUAUCCAGGCCACAUUUGCACACAGUUUAUUGGUUUUUAAGAUUAGAAAAAUCUUGUUGUGCAUAGUUUUUCCAACCAAUUGUUUUUAUUAAUUUAUUCUGUAGCUAAGACUAUAAAUAUUUCAGCAUUUGCUAGUAUCCAGCAACUCGAACUUCUAAAUACCUUCCACCUUCAGCUUCUAAAUCGAACAGAAAAAUUCUUAAAAGAAAAACAAAAACUAAAAAGAAUUAUGGAACAAAUAGAGGCAAUUUCAGGAUUCGAAUGGAACUCCAUGAGUGGAAUUUGUUCCGAUGAGGCUGAGUUCAUGGCCCAAUUGCUCGGUAAUUCUUCAAUCCCAAAUGAGUUACCGAGCAAUUCUGUUUUUCCUACAUUUUGGCCAGACGAGACAAAUGCAAGCAUAUAUUCUUUCUCACAGGAAAAUGGCGGCAUCUUUUUCCCGUUUUCGUCGAGUCAUGAAGGGUAUCAUAAUGAUGUGUCUCGUCAAGAGUUUAUGAGUAUGGAUUUCUGUAAGGAAAAUAUCGACUUCUUGAAUCUUGAUGAUGUCAGCAAUGACAGUACAGAGUCAAAUGAGAAUGUUUCAGAAAGUGUUGUUCGUGGGAAUAAUUUGCAGCUUGGAGAGGAUCUUACGAUCCAAAAUAUGGCAGAACUGCCGAGGGGAAAUAGUACUAUAGGGACGAAGAAAAGAUCCCGAGCCUCUCCAGAAUUCCAGAAGAACAAGAGAAGCAUGAAACUCAAGAAGUGUGAUGAUGAUAAUGUUGAGGGUCACGAUAACAACAACAAUAUGAAGAUGAUUCAUGGGCAGAGCUCGAGCAGCUGCUGUUCGGAAGAUGAUUCUAUGGGGUCAAAGGGAAGUGGGCCCCACAACUCAAACGGCAAAACACGUGCCAGCAGGGGCUCGGCAACUGAUCCCCAGAGCCUCUAUGCAAGGAAGAGAAGAGAGAGAAUAAACGAGAGAUUGAGAAUCUUGCAGAACCUUGUCCCUAAUGGAACUAAGAAAUCACUAUCAAGUAUAACAGAGUGUGCAUUUUUGGUCCCGAUCUACGACCCACCUGCUCCGAAGCGUCUUUGUUAUUGGGCUGAGAACGGGCUAAUGCAUCCCCUGUUUCAGGCGGAAAUCGACCACGUGGAUGUGUUAGGUCGCUUGAGUGGGUGA